AUGAUUUCUUCUUCCUCUCCUCUAAUCUUGGCGCUGUUCGCGACGGCCUCCUGCCAGCUGAGUGGCCCGACCUCGGACGGUUUCCGCCAGAAUGGCCUGCGAGGCGAUCGAAAUGGCAACUACAACAACGACGGCAAGGGCAACAACGGGAUCCGUCUUCCACCUUGGCAAAACGAGGACAACGACGACGAUUUCGACCUUUUCUCCGAGUUGACGAUGCCGUCCUUCCUCAGAAACCAGCCGAACCAAGUCAAGGAGUCCUACUACGAAAUUGUCACCAACAUGACCUCCAAGCUGCCCGAGCAACAGCAGAGACUCCAGAGAUGGGCCGAUCAGAACCGACUUUCGGUGGGUCUUUUUCUAGAGAAUUAGAGGAAAAAGUGAAGCUAAGUACAGAGAAACUUGUAGAAAAUCUUGAAGGAGUUGCACAGAACUUGCGUUUUCCCGAGUAAAUAUGAGUCUCACUUUACUAUUUUCUAACACUAGAAGCUCUCAAAAAUUGAUGAGUAACUCGAAUUUUAAUGUCUUAGAACGAUCAGAGCGAUAAAAAGAACUACUGUAGGAAAGGUAGUAAAAAACCGAAAAACGUACUUUCAUUUUUGCAGUCGCAAUACCAAAACUACGCCCGUCGUCUGGAAUCCUCUCUCUCGGCCUUGUCCACCAACAUCACUCGUUUCUUCUCCAACCUCGAAAAGGCGGCCAAGAAGCUCGUCGAACUGACCACCAGCAAGACGAUCACCAACCUUCAGCGAUUCGAGGGAAUCGCCGACGUUCAUCGCCAGUACGAGAAGGUAUAUAUUCUAAAUUUUUCCAUUUUAUAAGAAGAAAAACUUUAUGGUUCGAGGUUUGAAAGCAAUGAAAUCGAAGAAAAAAAAAAAUGAAAAAAUUCCUUUUUUUUCCAUUCAAAAAGUUAAUAGUUGACUUGUUCUAUAAUAUAGGACCUAAGAAAAAAAGGAGAGAAUGAAUUUUUUUAAAAAAAGCUCCUUUAAGCUUUUUGACGACAAAAAAAUUUAAAAAAAUAAUAUUUUUUUGACUACUUUUUUUAUUCUACAAUGCUCUGAAAAAAACUGUGUGGAACCAUUUCGAAUUAAUUUUCCUAAAAAAAUUCUCAAAAAAAGCUUUGGAGGUUUUUUUUUGAAGGCUGACUAAUCAAAUGUCUUACAAAAGAUAAGAAUGAAUACUUCUGAAACUUGAAAAUUUGAAAAAAAUAAUCCCAUUUUCGUGUCAUUUUCCCAAACGUUUUCCAAAGAUAAGUUGAAUAAAUCAAUGAUUCAAGGAACUCGACGUCCUCCGCCUCAUCAUCGGCGUGGCCAAUGACCAGUCCUCCGCGGAACUCCCGCCAAUCCGCAGCCAAGGAGGCCGCGGACGACAAAAUAAUUGA